AUGCCUGCACUGGUUGCUUUUGGCAUGAAGUGGAGGAUAGGGAGCGAUGACUUGGUCUUCCCUUACUUUUUCUCGCUACUACUCAAACUCAUCUGGUUUCUCAUGACUAGUGUGUUAGUUAGUUUUAGUGGUAAGCACAGAUGCUAUGAGGAGAGUGUGUUCAAGUUCUACAUGUACACGCUAAUGUGCAUCCAGUUCCUAUCCUGCCUUGUCCAGCUAGUAAUCAUGUUUAUCAGUGGAGCUGGGACCAUUGCUAACCCUCGACCACGUCGCUUCAUUAAGUGGAUCAUAUACCUCCACACAUUUAUCUUUGUCAUUGAGUUCCUUUGGGAGAGUGUUGGGAUUGUCUGGGUUUUCGAUCCGGCUCUCUCGUGUGCUGCUUCACACUUUGUCCUCAGGAUGACUCGUUUUAUUUUAUUGUGGAACGUUGCAAUUUCCUUGAUAACAGCACUGAUUGUGUUGAGAGAGGUUGCUUCGACUCUUUGCAAAGCUUUCGAUAAUUAUCGUGGAUACGUUCCAUCUGAUUUAGUUGCAGGACUUUUACUGCUCAAGAAAAAACACAAAAAGCAAAGAGAAAUGGAAAAGAAUAGAGACUUCAAUUUGAAUUUGUCAAAAGAGAUGUCUGAUAAUAAUAUUGAGAAGAUCAUUCACUAUUAUAAGUUUGCAAUGGGAUCCUACGGAUGGAUGCUCUACAUUUAUACCAAAGGAUUCUUUGGGUUUCUGCAGUUGCUAGCAUCAUCAUUUUGCUCAAUUUUUUGCAGAUGUUGUUUAAAAAAAGAGCCAGCAGGAUUGCUGCAACAUACUAGCAUUGAAGGAGACAAUUUAUUGAAAUGGAGCACUCAAUCUGUGCUCAAAUGGACAAAAAUUUCUAAAAUGAAUCUGAUUCAUGCAAAAUUUAUUAGACAAGCAUAUUGUCCAGCUUAUAUAGUUGCUGUUGAUCACAUUGAGAAAAGUGUAGUUAUUGCUAUAAGAGGAACACUAUCAGUCUCUGAUGCAUUAGUUGAUUUGAGUGCUCAACCCAGUCUAAUUAUGAAAAAAAACAAUGCCAAUUACUAUGCACAUCAGGGAAUGAAAGACAGCACUUAUUCUCUUCAUAUGAAGCUAGAGGGAGAGGGCAUGCUACAAAAAAUUUUCAACAUCUACCCAUCAUACAGGUUGAUCAUAACAGGACAUUCUUAUGGAGCAGGUGUAGCUGCUUUAUUAUCAAUGCUACUGAAGCCAGUCUAUCCUAAUCUUCACUGCUAUGCUUUCUCUCCUCCUGGUGGACUGAUAAGCGAUGCAGGGAUUUCGUUCACAAAAUCAUUUAUUACAUCAGUUGUCCUUGGGACUGACCUUAUCCCAAGGCUAAGUUUGGAUAGCUUUCAGUUCUUUAGUAAAGAGCUGCUCCACGAAAUCAAAACUUGUAAGAAACCAAAAUUUUGGAUUUUCGUUACCAGCUUUGUUCGAUUAUUUGGACUGAAGAGGAAGGAGUCCAGCGAUACAGUACAACCAUUACUAGGAGCAAAUGAAAAAAUAGAAAAUGAAAGGACAGGGAGCAGGGAGAAGCUGACAGAAAAAAAUUUCAAAGAUGAAUUUGAUAGUUCACAAUCGGAAGAAGAGAUCUGUUUGACCGAUAGUGAUGGAUCCGUUGUUAAUGAUACAAAGGAACCUGCCGCCAACAGUCCUUCGGUUCCAAUGCCUUCUAAAAACAGGCCCAGGCUCUAUCUCCCUGGCAGAAUAAUUCAUAUUGAGAGAGAAAAACAAUCAGCAAUAAAACAUUGUUGUUGCUGUUGUUGCAAGAGUUCAAAUACAGAGGCUAGAGCAAGAUGGGGCCAGCAGUCGGAGUUUGUUCAUUUUCUCUGGGACGAAGACAUGGUCUCUGACCAUUUGCCAAGUUCACUUCUUGAAGCACUAGAAAGCCUUAAAAAAGAGUCGUUGUAGAAACAAGGAUUUAGUAAUUAAAUUAUUAUGACUGUGUUGCUUCACUGUAGCAUAAUAAAUAAUUAUUGUCACACUAAAAUUAAAAGCUUUAGAAACUUGAGCUGUAAA